AUGGAUCAAAGAGCGUGUUUGAAGCUGGAAGAGCCGGGGACAGCGGAGCAAAACAGAACCCUGAGAGAGAAAGAUGACAGAGGGCUGGCAGAUGGAAGUGGAGCGGAGAGAGCGCCGAAGGGCCAGAUGAGCUUUGACCGGGAUACGAGGGCCUUUCAUCAGCUGACCCAACCGAGAAGAAGCAGUGAAGGUGACCUCUGCAUGUGUCCCGGCUCCCUCCAACGAUCUGGUCAGUCUCCUUCACUCACUUCUUUUCCUCAAGCGCUUUAUAGUCAGACAGGCUUCCCCACUCCAUCUGCCCAUAGUAUUACUCCUCUAAACCACGGACUGGUUUCUUCCACGCUGAAUUCCUUCUGGGAAACCGAGCCCUCAGCUGGGCUGGAGCUCGGUUCAUUCCUGGAGCGCUGCAGAGGAUCUACAAAGUCUCUGACUUAUACCAAACAGAGAAACACCCUGCCAAGGAGCUUCAGCGUGGACCGUGUGAUGGAGCGAGUGAUGGAGCGCCACUACGACUUCGACCUGACCUACAUCACCGAGAGGAUCAUCUCCGUCUUUUUCCCACCGAAGCUGGAAGAGCAGAGGUACCGGCUCAACCUGAAGGAGCUCCUGAAUCUGUCCGAAAGACGUCAUGAUAUCAGUCGGCUCAAUCCGAAGGUUCAUGACUUUGGCUGGCCCGACCUCCACGCCCCACCUCUGGAUAAGAUCUGCGCCAUAUGCAAAGCCAUGGAGAACUGGCUGAACUCCGACCCCCAGCACGUGGUGGUCUUACACUGCAAGGGCAACAAGGGUAAAACAGGAGUGAUUAUUGCAGCCUACAUGCACUACAGCAAGAUCUCUGCAGGGGCGGACCAGGCUCUCAGUACUCUUGCCAUGAGGAAGUUUUGUGAAGAUAAGGUGUCCUCUUCCCUGCAGCCGUCCCAAAACAGGUACAUAUAUUACUUUGGAGGCCUUCUCUCUGGGGCAAUAAAGAUGAACAGCAGCCCUCUCUUCCUCCAUCAAGUCCUCAUCCCCUCACUCCCCAACUUCCAGGGUGAAGGAGGUUAUUACCCCUUCCUGAAGAUCUACCAGUCCAUGCAGCUGGUCUACACCUCAGGCAUAUAUGACCUUCAAGGCACAGGAGGCAGGAGGCUGUGUGUGACCAUUGAACCAGCUCUGUUACUAAAGGGUGACAUCAUGGUCAAAUGCUACCACAGGCGUGCCCAGAGUGCCGACAGAGACACCGUCUUCCGGCUGCAGUUCCACACCUGCACCAUCCAUGGAUCCCAGCUGUGGUUUGGCAAAGGGGAGCUGGAUCAAGCUUGCACUGACGAGCGCUUUCCAUCUGAUGCCACAGUGGAGUUUGUCUUCUCCUCUGGACCUGAAAGGAUCAAAGGACGGGAAUACCAGAAAAAUGACCCAGCUGUCACAGUCGACUACAACACAGCUGAUCCGGUGGUUCGCUGGGAUUCCUAUGAGAACUUUAACCAGCGAUACCAGGACAGCCUGGAGGAUAUCGCCCACACUAGAGGUCCUCUCGAUGGCAGCCUCUACGCUCAGAUAAAGAAACGCAGAGGUCCUGGCUCCGGUUCUCUCAGCUCAACCAAUGGCAGCGCCCCAAUCGGAGGCCUCACAGAAGAUCGGCCCAAUCAUCUCGUCACUCAGGGCUCCGACUCUGCCCUCUCCACCCUCCAUUUGCACCAGUCGUCCAGCCACCCCGAGCACCAGGAGGAGCCCAUUCGCCCGCCUCCCCCAACCAGGCAGGAAAGGGAGGAGCUGGAACGUCUUCUCGGAGGCAUCGAGGGAAACCGCGAUGGAGAGCGGGAAACCGCCAUCUUGGACGACGGCGAUUCCCUGCCGUCCGAGCGGUCGGGGACGCUGGGGCUGAGCCGCUCCUGCUCCUGCCGGGACGGCUACCGCUCCCAGCGCUGCGCCGAGCCGGGCUGCGACCGCACCCUCCUCAUGCCCAACGGCUACUGCCUGGACCGGGCGCCCGGCACCAACGGCCACCACGGCGCCACGCCCUCUGCCAGCCCCAACUCCGGCCCCCCCCCGUCGCACAUGGAUCUGUGCCAACACUACAGCCCCCACUCCCACCAGUCCCUCCCGCCACCGGAUCUGGUCUGGGACCGUCAGAACGGCCCCCCCCUCUACCUUCACCGCUCCUGCUCGGAGGCGCCCCCGUCCCGCCGCGUUUGCUCCUACCAGCCCCCCGACCUGACCCCGCACCCCCACAGCCACCCGCACCACCACCCCGUGUCUCCCCCCAAUCGCCUCUGUUGCCGGGAGGAUGACUACGCGCCCUACCACCGCGCUCCGCCGCCGCACAGCCACCACCUCGGCCAUCCACAUCACCCCAAGCCCUCCACCAGCCCCACCUACCACGACAUCAUGCUGCUGGACGGCCUGCCGCCCCCCGGCUGCCCCUGCCGGGACUGCAGCAUCAGGAGGGAGGACUCGGCGGGUUAUCACACCCUGAGACUGGACCGCGGGGACAGCUUCCACUGGGACAGAGAGGCGGAGCUCCAACAGCGAGAAGCGGGGCUCCGCAGAGGCAGGGAGGCCGAGCUACCUAGGGGGCCCGAGCUCCACUGGGAGAGGGAUCCCGGGCUGAGGCGAGGCAGGGAGCUGUCCCUCCACUGGGAGCGAGACCGGGAGGCGGAGCUGCAGUGGGAGCGGGACCGGGAGGCCGAGUACUGGCACCGGCGGGCCACCGUGGCCUCCUACGCCCCGCAGGGCCACGAUCUGCCAGCCUUCACCUUCGACCCGCUUCCCGCCGGUCACCCGGCGUAUCCCGAAGCAUCCAGGUCCCACGCCCACUCCCACCUGGACCUGAAGUACAGCAGCAGCAGCAGCGGGUACCAGACGCCGCGGCAGGUGUGCCCCUGCUCGCCCUACCAGCCCUCGCCCUCCGAGAGCAGGGGCUACGCCUCGGGCUACCAGUCCGAGUCCACGUCCCCGCUGCCCCCCGCCUCCUCCAUGACGGGGCCCUGCAGCCAUAGCAACGGGCCAGCAGACCAGAACCACCAUCACCCGGACCCUCAGCCGUCUUACAGCUCCGACUCGCAUACCGAUGGUCUCCGUAGCUCUGGCGAGAGCGUUGGCUGGAGGGAUCACAUUACCCACGGGUCCUUUAAGAGGGUCCACCGGGAUGGUCAUGCUGCCUGCUCCACGCCGUCCGACAUGUCUGGACCGCCCACUCCCGUGCGCACCAGCAGCCCACUGCGCACACAGGAGAGCCCCAGCCCGGGAGGACGGGAGUACGAAAUCCGGACCACCGACAUCAUCGGCAGUGACUGCGAGGGGCCGCCGCCACUGGAAGCACGCCACCGUCAGGCCCCCGCCUCUCCCGUCCAAGCCUCCCCGGCCCCACUCCCCCACCCCCGCCCCGCCCCCCUCACCCUGCCGAGCCUCAGUCCGUCUGGAGCUGCUGACCCGCCGUCCCAGACCCAGACCCAGAUCCAGACCCAGACCCAGACCCAGACCCAGACCCAGACAAACGGCUCGGGGGAACCCACCUCAGCACAGCUCAAUGGAUCCUCCCCAGCGGGAAAGCCCCACCCAGAGGCCACCCAACCCCCCCACGCCUCCCCGCAGCCCGCCCCCGGCAGCAUGGAGGGCUCCCCGGUCUCCGAGGCCCCCGUUCCUGGGUUCGCCACCUUGGGCAGGAGGCUGAUGCUGGGUGGAGCCGACCCCCACCACCCAAGUUACACUCAGCAGCAGCCCCAGGGGCCCCCGCAUCACCAGUACCCCGCCAUGGACAACACCGGCCCCCUGGACACUAACAAGAGGCACUUCCACCCUGGUCACGCCCCCCCGCACCACCCGGCCCCCUACAACUACUCCACCAUCUCCAUCCCCCUCCCUCACCCGCAGCCGCCCCUGCCCGAGAAACGGCACCCUCCCGCCCCGUAUGGACCGGAGGGGGGGAGGCCAGCAGUGGGCCACGGGUCCCCCUCCACCACCACCCCCCCGCACCAGCACCACGUGACUUUUUCCCCCACCGUGGGGGAAAUGGCUCCCCCCGCUGGCCACAGUGAGGAAGCGGCCCCGCUGGAGGCCGAGGCCGCGAACCGGGUCAGUGUGAAGUUCGUCCAGGACAGCUCCAGGUUCUGGUACAAGCCCGGCAUCUCCAGAGAGCAAGCGAUCGCGGCCCUGAAGGAACGGGAGCCGGGAACCUUCCUGAUCCGGGACAGCAACUCGUUCCAGGGGGCCUAUGGCCUGGCCCUGAAGGUGGCCACUCCCCCGCCCAACGUCAACAACCACAACAGCAAGGGUAAAAAUCCACGUGCCUCUCCCCGUUCCCGUUCUCACCGCCGGAGAGCCGCUGGGCGCUCCGUAGGGGAAAAACCCCGACGUGACCACAGCUCUCUGCCCCCCACAGCGAGCGAUCCUCUGGAGCAGCUGGUCAGACACUUCCUGAUAGAGACCGGCCCUCGGGGAGUCAAGAUUAAAGGCUGUCAGAACGAGCCCUACUUCGGGAGUCUCUCGGCGCUCGUCUACCAGCACUCCAUCACCCCCAUCUCUCUGCCCUGCGCCCUGAAGAUCCCCGAAAAAGAUCUCGUGGGGGAAGUGCCGGAGGUCCAGCCGGUCAGCAACGUCAGCACGGCCGCCGACCUGCUAAAGCAGGGAGCAGCCUGUAACGUCCUCUACCUGAACUCCGUGGAGACGGAGUCCCUGACCGGCCCCCAGGCCAUCGCCAAGGCGACGGACGCCACGCUGGGCCGGGGCCCGCGCCCGGCCGCCACCGUGGUCCAGUUCAAGGUGACGUCGCAGGGCAUCACGCUGACCGACAGCCAGCGCAGGUGCGGCCCCGCCCGCCCCCCGCCUGUCUCCGCCCGCCCCCGCGGCGCCGCAGCAGAAACUCACCCGGUGUUCUUCCGGAGGCAUUACCCGGUGAACAGCGUUACCUUCAGCAGCAUCGACCCGAAGGACAGAAGGUGGACUAACUCCGACGGCACGGCUGUUAAGGUGUUUGGCUUCGUGGCCAGGAAGCCGGGCAGCACGGCGGAGAACGUCUGCCACCUGUUCGCAGAGCUGGACCCGGAGCAGCCCGCCCCCGCCAUCGUCAACUUCAUCAACAAGGUCAUGCUGUCGCAGCGCCGGUAGAUCUCCUGAGGGAACUCAGAAGCCGCCAUCAUGAGGCCAGAUCCUCAACUGUGCUCGGCUCUCUGUGAGGUGGAGGGAUGGGCAGGUGGGACCUGAAUGAGGUCAGGCAGCAGAGCCUGUCAGGAAAAUGGUUCUGAUGAAGCACAAAAAACAUUCGGAAAAGAGACUUUUCCCUCCCCUUUUAUCAGUUAUCGAAGUCUAUUUGAAUCAGUACGACAUUAAAAAAAAAAAAUCUGCCUACAAAAUGAAUGAAUGUGGCCGAUGCAUUGAUUGAGAAAGGUUAAAAAUAUAGGGAACAUUUUUUUUCAAAUUAAUUAAGCGGCAUGGUCCUGAAGUGUUUCAGGGUUUAUUUCAAAGUCAUACUGAUUUAUAAUAUCUGCUCAUUUCACACCUUCAAAAACCAGUUUUAUUUAAGCUGGCUGGCACCAGUCAGGAUUCUCCUGGCUCUCAGUCUGAUGGAGGGGGGUGUUUUUUUACACCCGCAGCACACAUAAACUGAACUUAAGCU